AUGAGUGAGAGCCAGGUCCAGGAGGCCCCUACGAGGACCGCUCUUGUCCUGUAUGGCUCGGAAACAGGCAACGCGCAAGAAGUGGCCGAAGAGCUUGGAGCGCUAGCCGAGCGCCUACAUUUCGUGACUCAUGUCGCUGAAAUGAACUCUGUAAAGGCUGAGCUGCUCAAAUCGUUUACUUUUACGGUAUUUGUUGUGUCGACGACGGGCCAGGGUGAAAUUCCUGCGAAUGCGAGGUCGUUUUGGAGAUCGUUGCUUUUGAAGAAGCUGCCGCCCACUUUCUUGAGCGGAGUCAAUUAUGUUUCGUUUGGAUUGGGCGAUAGUUCAUAUCCCAAGUUUAAUUGGGCUGCGCGGAAAUUGCACAAGCGUCUACUCCAACUCGGGGCUAAUGAGAUAUAUCCCCGUGGAGAGGCCAACGCGCAACACCCAGAAGGACUUGAAGGCACAUUCAUUCCAUGGAUUACGGACUUUCGUAGUCACUUGCUGGACAAGUAUCCGCUUCCUGAAGGGCUGCAUCCGAUACCGGAUGACGUGCAACUGCCGCCUAAAUGGAUCCUGAGGUUGCAAGAACAGGCCACAACAAGUGACGAGCUUACAGAGGGGACUUUAUCGAGCGAACAGACAGCGUCUGACGAGUAUCCGGGGCUGACUCGGCUGGAUCACGACGUGAGACCGAUCCCAGAUGCAUUGACGGCGACCCUCGUUGAAAACAGACGGGUCACACCACGCACUCAUUGGCAAGAUGUGCGCCAGAUAUCGCUUACGGUCCCGGAUGCAGUAACUUAUGCCCCUGGCGACAUGGUCUGCAUCACGCCGAAGAAUUUUGAUGAGGAUGUCCAAGCACUGAUUGACAUGAUGGGCUGGGGAGAGAUGGCUGACAAGUUGGUAUCGCUGGCUCCUGGCGAAAAGCUCCAAGCUGCAGGGGAGUUACAUGCUCCGCCCAUCCCUGGUCUCGAAAAGUAUCCCAAGUUGACGCUGCGAGCGCUCCUGAUGGACUACAUCGACAUCAGAGCCAUUCCUCGGCGGUCGUUCUUCUCGGCCAUUGCACACUACACCAGCAACGAGAUGCACAAGGAACGACUCCUCGAGUUUACGAAUCCCGAGUACUUGGAUGAGUUUUGGGACUACACCUCGCGGCCUAGGCGAAGCAUCCUGGAAGUCUUGCAUGAGUUUCAUUCAGUCAAGAUCCCAUGGCAGCAUGUGACGUCGGUCUUCCCUGUCUUUCGAGGGAGGCAGUUCAGCAUCGCCAGCGGGGGCGAAUUGAAGAGGACAUCAGAUGGGGGAGCGAAAUUCGAGCUAUUGAUCGCCAUUGUAAAGUAUCAAACGGUGAUCAAGCGGAUCCGAGAAGGAGUGUGUACAAGAUACCUGUCUGUGCUGCGGCCAGGCAGUACCCUCAAAGUCCAACUGCAGCGCGGGGGACUCAGCUCAUCCGUCAACCAACUGGUUGGCCCGACUGUCCUUAUCGGACCUGGUACCGGCGUCGCGCCCUUGCGCUCAAUGCUCUGGGAGAAAGCUGCUUUCGUGAAAGCGUACCGAGAGGAGCAUCCAGACGCCAGGCCCCCGAUCGGGCCUACGAUUCUUCUCUACGGCGGCCGCAAUCGCGCUGCGGACUUUUUCUUCGAGAAGGAGUGGCAAGAACUGAGCGACCUGAUUGACUUGCAGGUCUUCACUGCGUUUUCACGAGAUCAGCGAAAUAAGAUUUAUGUACAGGAUAUCAUACGACGCAAUUUCGGACUGUUUUUCAGGCUGCUCCACGACAUGAAUGGGUCGGUGUAUAUCUGUGGUUCAUCCGGGAGGAUGCCGCAGGCAGUCAGAGAGGCGCUCAUUGAAGCAUUUGAACAUGGUGGGCAAGCCGAUGGACCACAGCUCGCCCGACGCGGAGCGGAGGAGUGUCUGAUAGGUAUGGAGAAGAGUGGGCGGUAUAAACAAGAGACUUGGUAG